AUGCCAAGAUUCGGUUUGCAGAUGGAGGGAAGGUGUGCGUACGUCGUCAUCGUCAUGGCGGUAUUCUGGAUGACUGAAGCCAUACCGAUAGCGUUGACGUCUCUCAUGCCGGUCUUUCUCUUUCCCCCUCUCGGGAUCCUUGGGACCUCUGCUGUCUCGAUGGCGUAUUUUAAGGAGACCAGCAUGAUGUUCAUGGGAAGCAUCAUGGUCGCGAUUGCCGUGGAGCACUGCAGCCUCCACAAGAGGAUCGCCCUCAGGGUCCUUCUCUGCAUCGGAGCCUCCCAGAAAUGGUUGAUGCUGGGGUUCAUGCUGACCACCACUUUCCUGUCCAUGUGGAUCUCCAAUACUGCAACCACCGCCAUGAUGGUUGCCAUUGCGGAAGCCAUACUUAUCGAAAUCUACCGGGUAGGGACUUCAAUUAACGUCUUAUAUCCGAUACCACGAAUAAUGUUCCGAUGUACUCUGCAGAAAGAUGAUCUCGAGGCCGGAAAUGGGGCGGCGGGAGGAAGCCGACAUCGUGCCAGCCUGCAGGACGUGCGCUACCGAGAAGCUCGGGUUCAAAUCAUGUUGGCCAUAGCGUAUUCGGCCGGCAUAGGAGGGACUGGGACCCUCACCGGGACCGCAACCAAUCUCAUCUUUAAGGCGAUCAUGGACGAAUGGAGGCAACGUCGGAAGCACCCGGAGAAAAGGGUGCCGAGUCGAAGCGAAGAGAAAAAGGCGGAUGAAGCUGCACACGCCGUGAUCGCCAAGAAAUACGCGGAAUUGGGACCUAUGUCCUUCCACGAAUGCAUGACUCUAGGCCUGUUCAUCUCUCUCGUUCUGCUGUGGCUUUCCAGGGAUCCUCAGUUCAUCCCAGGAUGGGCCAGUUUGAUCGAAGGAGACCGGUACACAUUCUCCAGCCCUUUCAAUUUCAUAUAUUUCAUCUUCUCUGAUGAAGAUAUUCUGACAGUUGCUGCAUUAAUUUCCCAGGGAUUUAAACAUAGGGGAUGGAACCGCUGCAAUGUUCAUCGUCUUCCUCUUCUUCAUCAUCCCCGCGAAACCCAACUUCUGCCAAGCGAGGCCCUGCUCAACUGGAGGGUCCUCCACGAGAAGAUCCCCUGGGGGUUGGUCCUCUUGAUCGGAGGGGGAUUCGCGGUAGCCAAGGCCUCAGAGACAUCCUGCUUGUCGUACUGGUUGGGCCAGCAGAUGGGAAACCUCCGGUACUUGUCCCCGGCCGUCCUCGUAUUCAUCAUCACUCUCAUGACGGCCAUGAUAUCAAAUGUGGCUUCCAAUACGGCCACAGCUACCAUCGUCACGCCCGUCCUUGCCCAACUCGCAUCUGUGGUGAAAGUGAAUCCUCUGUACUUGAUGCUGCCAUCGGCCGUGGCCUGCUCAUAUGCAUUCAUGCUCCCUGUGGCCACUCCAUACAAUGCCAUCGUCUUCGAAGCUACCCAUAUGAAAACCAAAACCAUGAUGAAGGCUGGAUUCGUCAUGAACCUGAUCUGCGUGGGAGUGAUCAACCUGAUGAUCAACACGGGAUUCAACUUUGAACAGAUGGAGCGAAGGUGUGCCUACGUCGUCCUCAUCAUGGCGAUAUUCUGGAUGACGGAAGCCGUACCGAUGGCCGUCACGUCCCUCAUCCCAGUCUUUCUCUUCCCACUUCUCGGGGUACUGAGUACUUCCGACGUCUGCAUGACGUAUUUCAAGGAAACUAGCAUGAUGUUCAUCGGUGAGUUACGAUCCCAUCUUCAACAGCAUUCGAUGCGGACGUUGAUGCUGGGAUUCAUGCUGACUACAACGUUCUUGUCCAUGUGGAUCUCCAAUACGGCAACCACCGCCAUGAUGGUUCCCAUCGUGGAUGCCGUUCUCUCCGAACUCUACCGCGUAGGAGUUUCCAAAAACGUCUCGUACCUUUCUAUUCGAUACGUAGUGGAUCAAGGAUCGUUCAUCGUUCGGAUGUUCUGUAUAGAAAGAGGAUGGCAUCGAGGAAGGAAAUGGGUCUCCGCGAGAAGGCAGACAAGGCGUGAACCUGCAAGAACGACAAAUCUCCAUCGAGUCUCCCAAGCUGUACGGGAGCGAUACAGGACUCAAUUAUGGGAGCUGGAUCGCUUUCAACGUUCCGGGAUUGCUACUCAACGGCCUGAUUGCCUGGCUUUGGCUCCAAGGCAUCUUCCUCUUUUCUCAGUGAGUCGGUUCUGCGGAAAGAUAAGGGGACAGCGGCGGAAUCCCCUAGGAAAAGGCGAGACGAGCGGAAGCAGAGCGGCGCAGGAGGACGAAGCGGCUCGCGCCGUCAUUAAAAAGAAAUACGUGGAAUUGGGACCCAUGUCCUUCCACGAGUUCAUGACCCUCACCCUGUUCGUCAUCCUCGUUCUGCUCUGGCUCUCCAGGGAUCCUCAGUUCAUUACUGGAUGGGCCGGCUUGAUCGAAGGAGACGGAGGUUUGGAAAUCGGAGAUGGAACCGCUGCGAUGCUCAUCGUCUUCCUUUUCUUCAUCAUCCCAGCGAAACCCAACUUCUGGUGCUUCCGAGAAUCAUCAGGUAGCAUAUUCCCAAACGAUCCUAAUGUUCUUGGUACGUUCAGUAGAUCUGAGAAAACAUGUUGCGUCAUAGAUUCACCGUCGAAGUCGAGCGCAGCCCUGCUCAACUGGAGGGUCCUCCACGAGAAGGUCCCCUGGGGGUUGGUCCUCCUGAUCGGAGGGGGAUUCGCGGUAGCCAAGGCCUCAGAGACAUCCUGCUUGUCGCACUGGUUGGGCCAGCAGAUGGGAAGCCUGAAAUCACUGCCGACGGCCGUCCUCGUCUUCAUCAUGACUUUCGUGACGGCCAUGAUAUCGAAUGUGGCUUCCAAUACGGCCACAGCAACGAUUAUCACGCCCGUCCUCGCUCAGCUCGCAUUUGCGGUGAAGGUGAAUCCUUUGUAUCUGAUGCUGCCAUCGGCCGUGGCCUGCUCGUAUGCCUUCAUGCUCCCAGUGGCCAACCCUCCCAACGCCAUCGUCUUCGAGGCCUCCCAGAUGAAGACCUCCACGAUGGUAAAGGCUGGGUUCGUCUUGAACGUGAUCUGCGUGGGGGUGGUCAACCUGAUGAUCAACACGUUUGGGAGAUAUCUCUUCGACUUCUCGCAGUUCCCUGACUGGGCGAACACGGCAAGCCAUUCCAACUCCUCUAGCUGCACCUAG